AUGGCCGACCCCCUCGCAGACCUCGACUCCAAUGUCGACCUCGCGGUUCAAGAAAUUCUCCUCGCCGCCUCGCAACACGACAUCCCCAAACUCCGCCGUCUCAUCCGCUCCAACGACAAAGACGGCAACCCGGCCAACGUGAAAGACCCCGAGACAGGCUUCUCGCCUCUCCACGCAGCGAUCGCAGCUUGCGAGCCUGAAGAGCCACAAACAGGGACCAAUGGUGUCAAUGGAGAGACGAGCAGCGCCAGCACGGAGAAGAAGAGUCUCGUGCAGUCCGGCGCGGAGACGGUCAAGUUCCUGCUCCAGGAGGGCGCGAUCUGGAAUGACCUGGACCUGAACGACGAGACGCCGGGGUGUAUCGCGCGGCGGCUGGGGCUGACCGAGCUGUACGAGAUGAUGGUGGAUGCGGGUGUGCGGGCGGAGCUGCUUCUCAACCGGUUGGACGGCUACGAGCCGCUCUCGGACGAGGAGGACGAGGAAGAAAUGGGACAGGACGAGGGCACCGCCAACGAACCAGCUGCGGAAGAGGAUCAGGACCAGGAUCAGGAUCAGGCUCCGGAGUUAGUCGAGACAGCCACGGCCAGCGCCGCCGAGGCAAGCACAGCCGGACCAGGCCCGGACGUCACGAGCUCGCGCUACCUCGAUUCGAACCUGACCUUCACAAACGACCGACUGCUGGACCAGGACCAGAACGGCGUGAUGAUGGCCUGGGAGACGGAGAUCAUGUCCAGAUCCGCCAAGAAGCUGCUCCCCACUACAGGGCUGCGCGUAAUGAACAUCGGCCACGGCAUGGGUAUCGUUGAUGGCUUCAUCCAGGAACAGUCGCCCGCGGCGCACCACAUCGUCGAGGCACACCCGGACGUCGUGGCGGAGAUGAAGCGGAAAGGCUGGCACGAGAAGCCCGGCGUUGUGAUCCAUGAGGGUCGCUGGCAGGAUAUCCUGCCUGCGCUGGUGGCGCAGGGCGAGACCUUUGAUGCGAUCUACUACGACACCUUUGCCGAGUCGUAUGCUGAUUUCCGGGAGUUUUUCAGCGAGCAGGUUAUUGGGUUGUUGGAGCAGGAUGGCAAAUGGGGUUUCUUCAAUGGCAUGGGGGCUGAUAGGCAGAUUAGCUACGAUGUCUAUCAGAAAGUGGUAGAGAUGGAUCUGUUUGAAGCCGGGUUCGAUGUAGAGUGGGAAGAGAUCAAGGUGCCCAAGCUCGAGGGAGAAUGGACUGGUGUCCGCAGGCCCUACUGGGUGGUUGACAAUUAUCGCCUGCCCUUGUGUAAGUUUAUGGAUUAA